AUUAAAUGUUAAGCAAAAGCACUCGAUUAUUGCGACGAUGUUUUCAAACAGAUGUUGAUGUGAUUGUGAUUGGUGGAGGCCAUGCUGGAUGUGAAAGCGCUGCUGCUGCAGCUCGUUGCGGAUCAAAUACUGUUUUGGUCACACAAAAUAAAAAUACAAUAGGAGAAAUGAGCUGCAAUCCGAGUUUUGGAGGAAUCGGAAAAGGUCAUUUAAUUCGAGAGGUCGAUGCUCUUGAUGGACUUUGUGCUAGAAUUUGUGAUAAAUCAGCCAUCACUUACCAGGCGUUGAAUCGAGCUCAAGGACCAGCAGUACUAGGACUCCGUGCUCAAAUUGAUAGAAAAUUGUAUAAAACGCAAAUGCAAAAUGAAAUUAAUUCAACAAAGCGGCUGGAAAUACUGGAAGGUGAAGUUGCAGAGCUUCUCGUCGAAAAUGGAAAGAUUGUAGGAAUUCGAAUGAUGAAUGAAACAGUUAUAAGAACAAAGUGUGUUGUAAUCACUACGGGAACAUUUCUUCGUGCUCAAAUUUACCAAGGAAUGAAAACAUGGCCUGCUGGACGAAUAGGAGAGAAAAGUUCAGAUAGACUGUCAGAAAGUUUUCUCAAACAUGGAUUCGAAUUAGGAAGGCUUCGUACCGGAACUCCACCUCGUCUCAUGAAAGAUUCCAUUAAUUUUUCAAAGUUUGAACGUGUCGCUCCUGACCGGACACCUAUUCCAUUUUCGUUUUUAACAAAAAAUGUGUGGAUCAGCUAUGAAGAUCAACUGCCAACUUAUCUGGGGCAUACUAAUGACGAAGUCUGUCGGAUUGGAAAUGAGAAUAUGCAUGAGAAUUAUCAAGUUGCUUCCGAAACAACAUCGCCGAGGUACUGUCCCUCACUUGAAUCCAAACUCUUACGGUUCCCAAAGCUGCACCAUCGUCUCUUCUUGGAACACGAAGGUCUCGACUCUCCUCACAUUUAUCCUCAAGGAAUGUCAUUGACUUUCAAGCCAGAAGUUCAAACCCAGCUUCUUCGUGCAAUUCCUGGCCUAGAAAAUGUUGAAAUAUUUCAACCAGGAUACGGAGUUCAAUACGAUUUUGUGAAUCCAAAACAAUUGAAAAGAACAUUGGAGACACGGAAGGUGGAGGGAAUGUUUUUGGCUGGUCAAAUCAACGGUACAACUGGAUAUGAAGAAGCUGCUGCUCAAGGAGUUGUUGCUGGAAUCAAUGCAUCCGCAAGAGCUCAAAAUGAGCCAGGAAUGGAGGUGUCAAGGACAGAAGGAUAUAUUGGCGUUCUGAUUGAUGAUUUAACAAGCCUCGGAACCAACGAACCGUAUCGAAUGUUAACUUCUCGUGCGGAGUUUCGACUUUAUCUACGACCCGAUAAUGCUGAUAUUCGACUCACUGAGUUGGGAAGACGUCACAAUGCGAUCAGUGACAACCGAUGGGCGAUAUUCACUGAAACUAAGGGCGAACUCAAUAAUCUGACUCAACGAACAGAGGAAAUGAAAAUGAGUAUGGUGAAAUGGAAACGAAUAAUUCCAAAAUUGGCUGCGACAUCCAGAAAUGACGGAAAAGUUCUAUCUGCAUUCGAUCUGAUACAUCGGUAUGAUCUAGACAAAAGUGACUUGGAGCUUUGUCUGAAAGAUAAAAACAUCGGAGAAGAUAUUCUGGAAAGGCUGAAAAUUGAAGGAAGAUAUCAAAUGGAACAUGAGAGGAUGAAGGCAAAGAAACAAGAAAUCGAUCGAGAAUCGGCUACGGCAAUUCCGGACAACACUGAUUUUUCAACAAUGCGAGGCAUGAGUUUGGAAUGCAUCGAGAAGUUGGAAAGAGCACGACCAAGAAAUCUGGCAGCAGCUACGAGAAUAUCUGGAAUUACACCUGAAGCCAUUGUUGUACUUAUGAGACAUUUGAAGAAUCCAGCCCCAGUGAGAAGUUCCGCUGUAUAAAUUAGUAAUCUUAGCCCGCUAGUCUUGUAUCUGUUGUCAUUUGGAAUAGAUUGUUUUUUUUUGUUAUUGUUGAAAUUUUUAUUGAUUAAGAAGAAUUAAAAAAACAAAAAAUUAAUAAAACAAAAAAUUGAUUAA